AUGGUUCUUUUCAAGCGAAAGCCUGUUCGCUUUUUACCUCCAGCCGACAUCAAGGACGACAAUGCAGAGGUUUGGCACAUUCCUCAAACGGGAGAAGUCUUUGGUCAAUAUGAAGACUACUUGGCCAGGAUGGAUUUCUACAAGCAGCGACGUUUCAACUGCCAGAUCAGCGGACAUUCGGGGUUGACCUUCUUCGAAGCUCUGAAGAGCGAGACCGCCGGCGCCGAGGAAGUAGAGCAAGCUUUCCCCGAAGCCCUCAAGGGCCCCGUCCUCCGCCGCGUCCAGUUCCAAACCGUCUCCCGCAUCGAUACACUCGUCGACAUGGUCUUUGAGGACUUCCGCUCCGACUACUACCCCGGCGAGGCCGUGACCGUCAAGCUCACCAACGGCGAGAGGUUACAAGGAAGCGUUCGCGAGAAGACGCGCUUCGGCCACAAGGUCCUUCCCGACGGCACCAUCAAGCCGCCAAGCACAAAAUACUUUGUCAGCAUCGACGACCGCGAGGAUGCCGAGGCCGUCGUCGACGACAGUCACAUAUUCCGCGAUCGCAAGAUCUUCACCAAGGCUGUUCUGCGGUCUUUCAUCAAGCGGACCGUCACGCGCGAGGCCUGGAAUGGCGCUCCUUGGCUCGUGAACCACGACUACGCCCAGGAAUACCACAUCGACACGCGCAUUCCUGCGCAUCUGCUCUACGACAACAAGCUCCUCGAGAGGAAGAUGCACCAGGCGCAGAAGCGCGCCUCUCUGCCCCACGACCAAAAUGGCGCCAACGCCAAUGGAUCUUCACCCUCGGGACCUGCCCGUCUGCCAGAGCUCAAGCCCAUGCCCAAGACGCAAAAGGGCAAGCUGCAACACCCACACCAAAACCACUCUGGACAUUACCUCAACGACCCGAAACGACCUGCUCCCGAGGCGGGCGUCUUUCACGCGCACUCAUCUGGCAACCCCUUUCAGCUCCCGAACUUUCGCCAAAACGACGCCUUGCCGCAUCACAUGGCAGCCCCCCUACCGCCACCACCUCCACCGCCACCAAAGUAUCCCAUUGAAGAUCUCGCGCUCGAGCCGCGCGACGACAAAAUCAGGCCGCCCAUCAAGUUCAUGUGCAAAGACCCGCCGAGCGAGUCAGUUCCAACAGCAAACGGCAGCGACGAAUCUCCCAAGGACUACCGAGACCGAAUCUCCAUGUCGUCGGUCGGACCCCUGCUGGAAACGUGGGACACGCUCAACGUGUACUGUGAGAUCUUCAAGCUCGACUCCUUCACCUUUGAUGAUUUCGUCGAAGCCAUGUGCGUCGCAUCCGAAGAGACGACCGUUCAACUGUUUGAAGAGAUCCACUGCUCCGUCCUCAAGAUGCUUGUGUCUUCCGAGGCCGAUGGUGGCAAGGUCAACGUGCCGCUGCCUGAGCUGGAGGACGAGGAUGACGAAGAGGAGGAAGACGAGGAAGAAGAGGCAAGGUCGCCCACCCCCGAAGCGGAGAGGCCGCCGGCACGCGCCACCCGGAGCAGCUUGGCCAAGGCCGAGGCCGAACGACUGGCUGCCGAGCUCAAGGCUGCCGAGGCUGAGGCAGCAGAACCAGAGGUCAAACACCGCGCCGAAGAUCUCUUGGAGGAGUACGAGUGGAUCGAGCACCUGCGAAAGCGCGACUUCAAAGACGGCGGCUGGGAGAUGAUCAUGGUCGGCCUUUUGCACCAACUGUCCAAGGAACCGCGGUUGGAGAAGUCGUGUGAGGAGUUGCUUGAGCAGCUUGUCCCCCGAUCCGUGGACCCGACACAAGAAACGGUUCUUCAAGCCUAUGCGAACCUCGACGUCAAUCACCGGGUUCAAGCCUUGCAGAUUAUCUGCAUGCUCACGAUGCGCACAAAGGCCAUUCGCGCGUACAUGGAGGACUGCAGCGAGACGAUGACGGGUUACCGGAAGGAGAAAAUUGAAUGGCAGAGGCAGAGGAAACAAGCUGUCGAGGAGCUGAAGGUGCUGAACGACCAACGAAAGGCUCUUCUGCCCGAGGAGACGCCGCAGGACCCUGCCAAGGCGGAGGAGGAUGCAAAAGCUGCUACGACUGAUGUGGACUCUCCGGCAAAGGCUGGCACUCCCACCAAGGAGGGAGACGGCUCCGACUCAGAAGAAGAUGCGCAGACGCGCAAGAACGGACGCCGACCGAAUGACCGCACCCUCGAGCGCCAGCGGAAACGCAAAGAAGAGAAAGAGCGGAAGGAGAAGGCUGCCGAAGCUGCCAAGGUGCCGAAGCAGUCGAAGCAGCUGAUCAAAAACACCAAGGACAUUCAAAAGAAGGAGGAGUUCAUCAAGAAGUGCGAGGACGAGGUUGCUAUUCUCGACAACGAUCUUCGAGAAGCGGAUUGCCCGCGCACGCGUGUGUUGGGUCGCGAUCGAUUCUGGAACCGAUACUACUGGUUCGAGCGGAAUGGCAUGCCCUACGGUGGACUGCCCGACAGCUCGACGGCCUCGGCCGACUAUGCCAACGCAUGCAUAUGGGUGCAGGGACCGGAUGACCUCGAGCGCGAGGGCUACAUUGACCUCAGCAAGGAACAUCAGGACGAGUACAAGGCCAAGCACGACAUGACGGUGCCCGAGCGCAAGAAGAUGGAGGAAGGCGCGAUGAGCGUGUUCAAUGCCGGCCAAUGGGGCUAUUACGAUGACCCCGAGGCCGUCGACAACCUCAUCCGCUGGCUGGACCCGCGCGGCUACAACGAGUUGAAGCUGCGCAAGGAGAUUCUCAGCUUCAAGGACAAAAUCGCCAAACACAUGGAGAACCGCAAAGAGUAUCUCGCACCCGCGGAGAAGGAGGAGGAUGAAUCCAAGGAGCCGAAGCGCGGCGUCGCCACACGCACGAGGCAGCAACAAACCCCUGAACCCACCAACUACAGGUGCCUCGCGUGGGAGAACACGGUCGCCAUGGAGGAGCUGGGGCACUUGCACUCGGAGCCGCCCCCGCCGCCGCGGAACAAGAAGCAGGUAAAGAAAAGGCAGGCUGUCGAUCCCACGCCGGAACCGCCAUCGGCUCCCAAGACGAGGCGGAAGAAGUGA